UUCCCCGCGGUUGCCGUGGCAACCCCGCGGGCGCGGACGCUCCGCGUGUUCGGCCCCCCGCAGCUGUUUCCACUCGGGGCCGCCCUAACUGGAAAAACCUGCGGGUCUCCAGGCGCUUCCCGGCCUCCAGGGGCCGCGGCUGCUCCCGGCUCCCUUUCAUCUGCCCCAUUUAUCAGCCUCAUCCUCUUUUUUUGUUUUGUUUUUUUUUUUCUUUACGCGGGAUGAAACGAGGAUUAUUUUUGUCCUCUGGAACAAAGAAAAGGAGCGUGGCAAGAAAAUCUCAAAACAAAGCGAAACAAAACCCUCUGAGAGCACCAAAGGCUUCCCCAGCACUGCCAAGGCCACCCUGACCAUGUCCCCAAGUGCCACCUCCGCUCUGCAAUCCCCCGGGGAUGGGAACCCCACCCCUGCCCUGGGCUGGAGGGUCCUGCUCGGGAGGAAUUUUCCCAAGGUCCAACCUAAACCCCUGGCACCACUCGAGGCUGUUUCCUGCUCUCCUGUCCCUUGUCCCCUGGGAGGAGAUUCCCCAAAACCCCCCCAGAAUCCUCCCGGGGGUGAUGGAUGUGAGGGCGUGGGGGGGACCAGGAGGGGACGUGUCCAGAGGGGCCAGGAACUGGUGGGAACUGGGAAUUCAACUCUCCCAUCCGGUGACUUCUCCCUGAGUCAAGUGAGCUGGGCUUGGCUCAGUUUGUGGUUUUUUCUUUAAGGCUUGAAAUUUUCCCCGAUGUGUCAAAAGCAGCACCAGAAAAACCCCCAGCGAGCUGGAGGAGUUAUUGAAACCACUUUGGUGCCUCGUGACCUUUCCAGGAGAAGUUUGGAUGAAUAUCUUCCCAAAAAAAACAGUCACUGAAAGAACAAAUUGAAAUGUUUGAGGGAAAAGCCGCAAACCCUCCAAAAGUGGGGACAAAAGCCCCUUGGGGUGUGGGGCUGCUCCUUCCUGUGCUUCAAAGCUCAUUGUGUUCCUCCCUUCACUCCAGGAUCCCAAACCUCCCCUCCCCUGGCCAGAACCCUUCUCCGGGCGAAAUUCAAUUCAAUUUUAUUUUCUUUUAAAAGGAAAACAAUAAAAAAAAAAAAAAAAAGAGAAGAAUUAAUUAAGGAAUAAAGGCCAGGCACAGGCCGAGCCUCAGCUGGGGCCGGUGGCAGCUCCCCAGCCCUCGUUAGGGCGGAGGGCUCCGGAUCCGGCCCCAAUCCCGUCCUCCCAGGGCAUUCCCAGAGAGGUCCUGCCUUCCCUUCUUCUUCCUGCUCCCCUUCCUCUUCCAUUUCCUGCUCCUCUUCCUUUUCCCUUCCUCUUCCACCUGGGAGCUGCUGGGUUUACUCGACAGGAGUUUGGUGAUGGAUGAGGGUGAUGAGGGAGAUGAAGGUGAUGGAAGGAAGGAUGGAAGGAAGGAUGGAAGGAUGGAAGGAUGGAAGGAAGGAUGGAUGGAUGGAUGGAUGGAUGGAUGGAUGGAUGGAUGGAUGGAUGGAUGGACGGACCGACGGACGGACGGAUGGAUGGAUGGAUGGAUGGAUGGAUGGAUGGACGGACGGACGGACGGCCUGGCGGAUGGACAAAUGGACACAAACUCAAGCGUAUUUUGACUGAAAGCUUUCCUCAAGAGCCCUACGGAUGCCAAUCUCCCUUUGGUUGCUCCUUCCUUCGGAUUUUGGGAGUUCCUGACCCACUCCUUGCAACCCCUGUGGCUCCACAUCCCCACCUGGCUCCCUCACAGGUGAAAGUCUCUUCCUCCACCCCAAACAAGGCGAUAUUUCUUUGUGGGGUCAACUGGAUUCAAAAAUCACGUAAAAACCCCCCAAAGCCACGGCCGAGCUCCAUGGCUGGGGCUCCCUUGGCACCGAGAACGUCCCUGACAUCCGGGCGGCAGCCGGAGCAUCUGUGCCGGAGGGCUCGGGCUGGCGGUGGGGAGGGAGAGAGGAAAUCUGGAACCCAUAAGCUCCAGAGCCGCUGGCGUUCCCCUGCAUUGGUCUGCGCCUGGUCCGCCCCCGCCCCGCUCGCCCUAUCAGCAGGAGCCGCUCCCGAAGCCAUCCCGGCGCCCUCCUCUCCUGGCCCAAAGGAAAAGCCAAGGAGCUCCUUGGAGGGCUCUGCGGGGCUCGGGGCGCCCGGGGAGCCCCAGGGCGAAUGCUCGGGGCCGCGCCUCGGGAGCCACCGCCGGCUCCUCCGCAGCCCAGGGAGCCGAGGAGAUGAAGGAGGAAAACCUUUCCCCGGAGUCCCCCGAGGGCAGCGCGGCCACCAGCGAGGACGAGGCCGAGCGGCUGCCCAGGAAGAGCGGCCGCAAGCGCGGGCAGGGCCCCGGCGGAGCCCCCUCGCCGCAGGGCAAGCGCAGCCGGCGCAGCCCGGCCCCGCAGCCCCCCGAGGACGCCCACGCCCAGCGCGUCAUCGCCAACGUGCGGGAGCGCCAGCGCACCCAGUCCCUCAACGACGCCUUCGCCGAGCUGCGCAAGAUCAUCCCCACGCUGCCCUCGGACAAGCUCAGCAAGAUCCAGACGCUCAAGUUGGCCGCUCGCUACAUCGACUUCCUGUGCCAGGUGCUGCAGAGCGACGAGCUGGACCACAAGGUCGCCGCCAGCUGCAACUUCCUGGCCCACGAGAGGCUCAGCUACGCCUUCUCCGUGUGGAGGAUGGAGGGCGCCUGGUCCAUGUCGGCGUCCCACUGAGCCGGGUCUCCGCCCCAAUGGAAGCAGCUCCAGCACCCCAAACCCCGCAGGAUCUCCCUGGAGAGAGGAGGGAAGGACCCCAAACCGCCAGGGAGCCCAAAGCCUUCGGGGCUGAGCCCGAGGUGGCCGCAGGAGCGGGCUGCGGUCGGUUCAGGCGCUGCUGGAGGCGCUCGGGGCUGGGGUUUACUGUGGGUGGGCUCGCAGGUGAGGAGCCGCCCCCAGACCCCACGAGCCCUUCCCAGAGCUGCCUCGGGCAGGGAAAUUCCUCCAGGAUGAGGGAAGAGGAAGGGCUGGAGCCCCCCAAGGACCUCGGGGGUCCCCCUGCUCCCAUCCCGCUCCGAAGGCUCCGCGCCAGGAUGAUCCCAUGGACUGUGAUCCCAUGGACUGUGCUCCCAUGGAUUGUGAUCCCAUGGACUGUGC